AUGACGGACGUCGCAGCAGCGAAGCGUGAAGAGCGUAAGCGCCGAAUCCUUGAAAAGGGCAGCAGUCGACUUUCGCGCAUCACCAAUACCGGCAGAGGGAAGGACUAUGAAGGUUUAGAUACCUCAUCUGUCACACCACCUCGCAUGCCCACCUCAGACAGCAAAGAAGCGCCUGCGAUCGUUUCGAAUGCCACUGCUACCGCAACCCGCUCGAAGGAUAUAACUGAGUCAUCGCAGGUGCAAGGGGAAACAGAAAAUGACCAGUUUACUUCUAUGUUAGCUGCCGUACAAGCGCGGAUGGGCAAUGAAGCGCCAGGUGGCACUAUGCCCAAAGAUCCUCUCGCACUGAUGCAGCAGGUGAUGGGACGGGGCCUACAAACAGACGCUGUGGCUGGUGCAGCUCAUGCAGCUGGUGCAUCGCGCGUAUCUCCCGCUCAGACUACUGAGGUUGCGCACAUGCAUCGAUCUGUCCAACGCAUUCGACUCGUUCAGGCGACCCUGGUAUUCGUAUUCGCGUUUUAUAUUGUGUUCUCGUCCAUCUUUUCUCAUUCGCACAAUACGGGACUCACUGGUCGCAGCAUUCCGACAGAUUCCAUGGACAAGUUCUCGCGUGACUCGUUCAUGAGGCAGUGGGCCUCGCUGGCUUGGGAAUAUACCCCGAUCACUGCUUGGCUCAGUAAGGACGAUCCCUCCGUCUUUCCGUGGGGCGCAUUGCGUACACCACUGGAUUGGCUACGCCCAUACCUUGGAAUGGCAGGUGAGAGUCCGUGGUUCGAUGCGGAACUGCCUGCUUGGCCGAUCUUUUGGGUCUUUGUAUCCAUGGAAUUGGGUUUACAGGGCGUACGCAUCGCUAUGCUGCAGCGUGCGCCCGUUUCGCUUCCCGGCACGCUCGACUCGGUUGUAUCGAUGUAUGCGCCAGGCGUGCGGUCGUUACUUACGCCUCUGUUGACAAUGGGAUCGCUCGCAAGCUCCCUGGUAGACGACCUUUGUAUCCUACUUUUUGCCAUCGGUCUCGGUGUCCUGUUUUGUCACGUAUGGACUCGUUCUUGA